GCAGCCUAAGUGGGGACUCACCCGGUUGCCGGUUUAGUCGUGUGACGGAGCGCUGCCCCUCGCCGCUGGUAAGUGGUAUCCAGCGCCGAGAUGGAGGGUGAGUGCUGAGCAGGCGACCUGGAAGGCAAAGUCCCAGCUUGCUGCUUUCCCAAGUGAAUGGAGGAACAAAUGAGACGGGGAAAAAUGGACUGGAUUCCUACCUGCUGCUCCCUUGGCUUUGUGGCUUAGAGAAGACAGGCGUCUUCUCUGGAUCUCCAGUGCCCCCUCUGCCCUGUAACAUGAAAGGAUCAAAGUGAUGGACUUCUGAGCUUGAAAUCACUGGCCAAGCCUCCCUCUCUGCCUUGGUGGCCCCACCCCUUGCUGUGACCAUGGAGACACUCAGCAGCUGCCAGACUGCCUCCCUCUCUGAGCUGGUGCCCAACGGUUACCUGUCUCAGGCCUUCCCAAGCUGCCCUGAGGUGGAAGGCCUGACUGGGGAGGUGGAACUGGAGGAUUCUGAGCAGUGUGGCCAAAGUGACUUGAGUCCCAGGGAAGACAGUGGUCAAAGCAAGAAGAAAACCAAAGUCAACAAGAUCUGGAAUUUUGUGAGCCGCAGAAAAGGGACCUCCAGUCACGGGAAGCGACCCCAGUCUAUGAUUUUACUGGGAGCCACCUCGAAGUCAUCAGAGUUGAAACCCAAAGUCACACUAAUGGAUCGAAUGAAGUCAUUCAAGAGGUUGAAGCCUUCCACCGGGGGUUCUAAGAAUCCUGCUCCUAGGAGCAGCAAGGUCCAGGAACCCCAGGAGCCCCCAAGGAGCUACCGCAUGAGGAAGACCGAGGAGAUCCCAAAGCCCUUCCGCCAUUCCUAUGCGGGCCACAUUGAGGGUCUGGAGCCCUUCCUCGCAGAUGCGCCGAGGCUCGAGCACAUCCCCAACAGGGUAAACCAGAAAGUGUUGGCCUUCAAAGACUCUGUCAUCCAAGUGGAGGAAGAGCCUUGUGAGGAAGAGGCCCCUGAGCAGUCUGGCAGCAGAGGGGGCAGGUGGGCAAAGACCUAUGUGAAAAACAUCUUCCCUGGGGACCAUGAGGCCCCAAACAUAUUAGCUGGAAACUCCAGAAUCCAGGAACUUGAGGUCACCAUUGAGAGCUCCAGCUUGGAAGGGAACGUGGAAGGGGGCUAUGAGGAAAGUCCUGGGCACCUGCGUAGAGACAAGGCCACGCCUUUUGGUGGUGUUGUCAAGUUCUUCAGCAACAUGGCUGAGGUGGCCCGCAAGUGGCGGGCAUUCUCCCGGGAAGAGCCGCAGGUCGGCCGCCGCCACCGCCGCCGUGAGGCCUGCUUGGUCCGUGACAGCGAAGUCUUCAUCAUGGAGACUGCCAGUUCUCAGACCUCCUUGCAGCUCAACUUGCCCUGUGGGCCCCCUGAGGCGGCGCCAUUUCGCAGUGCCGUUGGGAGGCGCCAGCACUGCCCCCUCAAGGCCUCACAGUCCUCGUGCACCUUUGAAGUGAGCAUUGAGGGAGGACUCCACACCGCAGAAAGGCUACAGCUUCCACUACAGUGGUGCCUUCACCAGGGAGCCCUCUUCUUCUGA